AUGGAAAGUUUGGCUGUUCAAUUGACAAACGAUGUCAUAACUAAUUCAAAAAAGGUAAUACAUUUAAGUGUAUUUACAACAGAAAAGGAAGAAAGUUCGAUGAAAAAUUUAAAAACAGAAAAUCCAUCACGAAUGUGGUUCAAUUUAUUAAUUGAAAUAUUACUUCGAAUGCCGCAGACAGAAGACGCAAGAAAUGAAAUGAUUGCAGAAUGUAAACUUUUCUAUGCAGAUAAUCCAGUUGAAUUGAAGAAAAUAGAUGAUUUUCAAACAAAUUACACACCAACAAAUGCAAUCAAAUGGUAUACCUAUGAUUGCUUUUUAUUUCGCCAGUUUAAUAAAGCAUGUCGAACGAAAAAUAUUGAUGCAUUGUAUAAUCUUCGUUUCUUCCUCAUAGAUCUGCAAAAUCAGUUACAGAAUCUGUUCGAAUCACAACUCAAUCAUAUGUCAUCAAACUUCACUGUUUAUCGUGGUCAACUAAUAGCUCCGAGCGAAUUACAAAAGUUAAAAGGUAAUGUUGGCCAACUUGUAUCGAUGAAUACGUAUCUAUCAACAACAAAGUCAUGUGCAGUAGCCAGUGACUACGCUGGAAAUGGUUCCGGCCAUCCAUUUAUUGAAUCGGUUGUAUUUGAAAUAGAAGUGGACGUCAAAAAGGCAAUUAAACCAUUUGCGAAUAUUGAACAAGUCAGUAUUAUGACAGACGAAGGUGAAAUAUUGUUUUCGAUUGGAACAAUCUUUAAAAUCGAAUCGGUCGAAGAAGUGUUGGAUAAUGUUUGGUUUGUCAAACUCACUUUGAGUAAAGAUGAAGACAAAGAAUUGAAGUGCUUGGAGGAUUAUUUCAUUAAUCAAAUAGGUGAAACAAGUGAUCUUGAAAUAUUACGUAACUAUUUAUUUAUCAGUGGAGAACAUGAUCACGCUAACAAAUAUUCUAAAACUCAGAUAAAAUCAAUGAUUAACGAUCUCACAAACGAUUUCGGUCCAAGCAAAAAGUAUUUUAGUCCAUUAGGACCUAUGCCUAGUGAAAAGGGUUAUACUUCGGCAAAGAAACAACGACAAAAGGAACUUGAAAUGAAUAUCGGAUCACUUCCUGCUAAUGAUCCGCUUAUUUUAGAACUUUAUAAUAAUGCUGGUAUUUUAAGUAGGGAAAUUGGUGAUUAUUCCGAAGCCCUUAUGUACUUUAAAAAAGCUCUUGACUGUCAAAAAGAAUGCCUACCCAAUGAUUCUGUAUAUAAUGCAAUUAUUUACCAAAAUAUUGCCGAAGUUUAUGAAAGUCAAGGCAAGUACAAGACAGCUUUGAAAAAACUUAGAGUAGCAUUACAAAUACAAAGAGAAAGUGAAUCCUUAGACUAUUGCAGUUUAGCUACAACCUAUCGACACAUGGGUGGGUGUUACGCAAUACAAAACAAAGUCAAUCUAGCUGUGAGAUUUUUCCAGAAAACUAUUCAAAUGUCUGCCAAAUAUUUGCCGAAAAAUCACCCUACGUUUGCUGAACUCCACUGUGCAAUUGGAGCCGUCUACAAUGACCAUGAACUAUAUGAAAAUGCAUUGAAACACUACAGAAAAGCACUAUCAAUCGCUAAAAAAGCAUUACCACCGGACCAUCUUGAUCUUUUAAGUUAUCAAGAACGAAUCGAUGAUCUCAAGGGAGCGUCUUCAGAAGAAAACUUCUACUCAACCCGUUCUGUAUGGGACAAACAAAUUUUGUAUUCGAUUCCUUUAUCUCAAGUUAAAGGUCUUAUUAAACCAUACUGA